AGAUGAGUAGAAAAUGAAUGCAUUUUAUCUGCCCACCUUUGCUACAAUGAGCAGCAGCAAUAAUGUUGAUUUCCUGCAGAGCUUGUCUGAUUAUGUUAAUGUCACUCCUGUUAUAGAAUAGUAAUAUUAAUGUAUUAUGGUCUGUAACAAUUAGCAAAGUACACAAAGGAUAAAAGAAGCACAAGUUGAAAAUGUUUACAUGAAUAACAAAGCCCUGUCUAGAAAUAGACGGAUAACCUUUUGCAAAAUGUUAUAUACCAAAAAAAUAAAGGGAACGCUUUAACAACACAAUGUAACUCCCAAGUUCAUCACACGAGACUGAAGCAGGAGGAGGAAGUGACGUUUCGCCAAGCGUCCAUUAGCUAAUCGCCCAUUAGCUAAUUUGUUUCUUUCGGCUUUUUUUCUGAUGCGUUCUGAAGUUUUGAGGUGCAGUUUUGGUUGGAUUUAUAUUGUUUCCUAUGUAUGUUUUAUAUUAUGUCAAUCUUUCUUGACUUUGUUGUGCCUUCUGGCCGUGUUUGUUUGAAUCUGGUUUCUGGAAAGCAGCGUCGACGUGACGUCACAGUCAAGAUGGCGGUGCUUCAGGAAACUAUGGGGGAUCACAAUUUCAUGACAACAGUAUGACGAUAACGUUUUGAUAAGGGCGUAAUUUUGUUGUUUUAGGUGUCAUAAGCACCACAUGAUCCAAACAUAACAGGGCGUUUGCUGGAAGUAAUAGUGCACUUUGACGUAUUAUACAGUUCUAAAAUAAGAUGCAGCUAAUCCACCAUGGGAGCGCCCGGGCGUGACGUCAUCACCCACGGCCAUUCCCAUUGCCUGAGCACUACAGAUGCGGUUCCCAGGGAAACACCACCGCAAACAUUUGCCGAAACGUCGUUAAUACGACUGAAAGGAAUACAAAGCUUUAUAUUGACACUGUAUGCGGUGGAAAGUAAUGCUAGAAUACAUGUAUUCAUAAGUGCGGUGCAAGUAUCUCUGAAGUUGGUUGUACCCAAAAAGCGUCCGAAAUGAAUCGAGGCAAGAUUAUCAUCAAGAGAGUUGGAUUAAACAAGGCGGAAAAUAAGACAAACACGGUUCAGAGUCGGAACCUGAGCCGGGCCCAGCAGUAUAAGCUGGUGGCCCAACGGCGCACCCACGAUGAACACAAGCAGCAGGAGGCCACGCGAAUGGACCGGGACAGGCAGAUGGCGGCCAUCGUGAAGGAGGAGGAGAACGUUGACAGGAAGAGAUUCCAACGGCAGGUGCAGGAGGAGCAGAAAGAGAGAGCCGUAGAGCGUGCCAUAAUACAUGCCCAUACUGAGAGAAUAUUGAGGGAGAAGCAACUUGAACAAGACGAGAGGCUUGCCAAAGAGCUGGCCCGUAUCAAUCAUGAGAGACAAAGAGAAGAAAAGAUGAGGCAGUACAUAAGAGAAAACAGCAUUGAACUGCGAGAGUUGGAGUCCAAGUUGAAGCUGGCCUAUGUGAGCAAGGAGCAAGCUGCACAGAUGGCAGAGCAGGAAGCGAUAAAGUUGGAGACAAUGCGUGAAGAAGCAGAGUUUGACAGCAAAGUGCAGAACGAGCGCGAGCAGGCAGCCAUUGAAGAGAAGAAGCUGGAGCUGAAGAAACAACAGGAGCAGCUUGAAUAUCAGCGAGAGCUUAGCUUGCAGCUGGUGGAGCGAGAGCGCAAAAGACAAGUGGCGUAUGAGGACUUCCUCAAGGAGAAGCUCAUGGUUGAUGAGAUAGUCCGAAAGAUUUACGAAGAGGAUCAAAUGCAGCAGCAGUUGAAACUGGAGAGGGUGCGAGCCACCCAGCAGCACGUAGAGGAGUUCCAGAAGCAGCGGGCUGAGUGGCGGCGCUUGGAGAAAGAAAGGAUGGAAGAGGAGAACAGACGCAUCAAGGAGUUUGCCACCAAGCAACAGAAGUCUGCGGCGGACUGGAUGGCUAAGAUCAGAGAGCGAGAAGAAGCAAUACAACAUAUGAGAGAUACGCUGGCCCAGAAUAUUAGAGAGGAGAACCGCCAACGUGAAGAGAUGGAGAGGAUCCGUGAGGAGCUUUGUCUUGAAGAACAAGAAGAGGCAUACAGGCGGCAAGAAAUUGAAGAGAUGGAGAGGAACAUUAGACAGAGGCUGUUGUUGCAGAGGACGUGCGAGGAGCAAAUGGCUAUGAAGGAGAUGCGUCGGCAGGCUGAGAAAGAUGAAGAGGAGGCUUUUCGUAAAAUGAUGAUGGAUAAGUUUGCAGAGGAUGACCGCAUCGAGCAGAUGAAUGCCCAGAGACGACGCAUGAAGCAACUGGAGCACAAACGCGAGGUGCAGAAACUGAUAGAGGACAGACGGCUACAGCGUGAGGUUGACAAGGAGCUGAGAGCUAAAGAGAUUGCGAUGGAGGAGGAGAGAGAGGCGUUCGUGAGAGAGAUCAUCGAAGAGGAGAGGCAGCGACUUCUCAAACGACAUGCAACUCAACUUCUUGGACACCUACCGAGGGGAAUGCUUCGUGAAGACGAUCUGAAGCACUUUGAUGAAGACUUCAGAAAGAAUUUCACGAUACGUGAGGCAGAUAACUCAGAAAAUGGUGGUGGACAUGAUUGAGUUUAAAAAUGUUUUAUUUGAAGUUAGACAUUACAAUCGUGAUGGCUGAAUCCGGCUAUCCUAUUAUGACAAGUUCAUACUUAGUUAGUAUAUAAAAUAGUGAAAACUAAUAAAAGGUUAUCAUAACUCUGUAUUUUAGCAACAUAUUCAGCUGUAAUAUGAACUUCUGUGAUAGGACCGUUUUAAAAAUACUGCUAUUAAAUGGGUCACGUCCGGCCGAAACCGGAAGUGUGCCGGUGUAAUAUUGUUCAAUACACAUGCGUACCUUGAACGAUUUGAUAAAGAUACACAUAUUGUUGCACCCCUAUUAAUUGAAGAUGUACUGUAUGUAAAGGUUACCUUAUUAGUGGCAUGAGGGAUAGGAAACAACACUCUUGUUUUGCAGUGCAGUUAGACAGUAAUCUCUCGUUUAUCGCGGUUAACUGGUUCCAUGCAGACUCGACUGUCAAUUUCCGUAAAGUAGGAUUCCUUCUUCAUAAAUGGAAUAUUUUCCUAGAAACGACACAGAAAAUCUAUUUACGAUAAUUCAAAUAUGUUUAACAUUUUUAAAGCCGUCUUGACAUGCCAUCUUGUAUUACUUUACCAGCAAAAAUAAACCAUUUAACACAGUUUACCUUGUAGGGGACCAGUAUCAAUGGCGGACAGGACUUGACGUAGGGAUUCAAAGUUGAGUUUUAGCUUGUUCUACAGCCGCAACAGUAACCAGUGAUGUUAUUAUUAUUAUUAUGUUAUUAUUGUGCCUAUUGUGAGAUGAUUUCAACCUGCAAUAAAAGCCGUUUGCUGACA